AUGAGUUUAAAACCUUUCACCUACCCAUUUCCAGAGACGAGGUUUCUUCAUGCAGGACCCAAUGUGUAUAAAUUCAAGAUUAGAUAUGGCAACAGCAUCAGAGGGGAAGAGGUAGAAAACAAGGAAGUCAUCGUCCAGGAGCUAGAGGAUUCUAUUCGUGUGGUCUUGGGAAACCUGGAUAAUCUGCAGCCGUUUGCUACAGAACACUUCAAUGUAUUUCCCUCACAUUUCCCAGAUAAAAGCAAAUGGGAGAGAGUGUCCCAUCUGAAAUUCAAACACGGAGAGGUUGCCUUGGUCCCUUAUCCAUUUGUUUUCACUCUGUACGUGGAGAAGAAAUGGCUUCAUGAAAACCUGUCAGCUGGAGAACCAAAAAACAGCAGUCCUCUUGGGUUGGUCCUGGCAGAGAGGAAAGCAGAAGGAGCCAUGAUGAGGAAACGAAAACACGCAGAAGUGCCCAGCUCCCCAACCAGGCCAGGGCUGGACAGGCCCAAGAAGGGGACUUCCAGCCAAGGGCUCAGCAAAAAGAAGGCCCCUAUGGAAACCAGGAGGAACAGAGAAAGAAAAACCCAGCAGGAAUGGCAGGAGACCCCAGCAUUUGAUAUCACUGAUGUUCAGGACCAGGAUUCUAAGUUGGGGGGCAGCCGAGCAGGGGAGAUUAUCCCACCGUUGCAGCAAAACGAUCCACCUCCUCCUGAAGGACGCACGGAGCUGGGAACCAGUGGCUUCUUUGGGUUUCUAAGCUCUCUCUUCCCGUUUCGGUAUUUCUUCAGAAGGAGCAGCCAGUGA